AUGGCGUCCAAGGCUAUGUGGGAGGUUGAUCCUGAGACCAGGGGCAAGCUUGCACAACUGGGGAAAAAGGAGGGCGCCGGGAACGACAGGUGUUGCGACUGCGGUGCCCCUUCACCGCAAUGGGCAUCCCCCAAAUUCUCCACCUUCAUCUGCCUACAAUGCGCGGGCACCCACAGAGGGCUGGGGGUGCACGUGUCGUUCGUGCGCUCCGUGUCUAUGGACGCCUUUAAGCAGAACGAGAUCCUGCGCAUGCAAUACGGCGGCAACAAAGCCUGGCAGGACUUCUACAACAAGAAUGCCGCCAUCCCCUUCGACGAAGCGACCAUCAAAGAACGCUACGACAGCGAGAUCGGCGAAGAGUGGAAGGAACGGCUCACCGCCCAGGUCGAGGAGCGAGAGUUCGACAGAGCCGCUUUCUUGAAGGAGCGACAGGCUAUCCUCGCGAAGCAGGCCAGCCGCUCCGCCACGCCCGCCGGUGGAGUCAAGAGUAACAAGCAGCAACAACCAGGCAGUACCUCUGGGUCGCGGACGGCGAGUCCGGCCCCGGGACGACCAGCUCGUAUCACGUCGGAACAGAAGAGUCAAAAUGAAGCAUAUUUCUCUCGGAUGGGCGAGGCAAAUGCCUCCAGACCAGACAAUCUAGCACCCAGCCAGGGCGGAAAAUACGGAGGCUUUGGCAGCGCACCGCCAGAGCCCCAGUCACAGGGCUCAGGCGGCAUGCCCACCGCCGAUGAUUUCUCUCAGAACCCAAUCGGCGCACUGACGAAGGGCUUCGGCUGGUUCAGCGCCACGGUCUCCAAACAGGCCAAGGUGGUGAACGAAUCCUACAUCCAGCCGACUGCGAAAAACCUAGCAUCAACAGACUUCGCCUCACAAGCACGCAACGCCGCCCUCACCGCCGGCCAGGGGAUCCAAAGCGGUGCGAAAGGCGCCGCCGAAUCCUUCAACCGCUUCGUCGAGGGCCAGGACGAAAAGGCCAGCUCCGUCGCGCAACGGCGGAACGUCGAGCCCGAGAGAAAGGACUUCUGGGACAGCUUUGGCGAACCGGCGGAUAAUGCGACGAAGUCGGCCAGCAGUAUCGGCACGAGCGCGAUGAAGAAGACGAACACUCCCCAAGCGAAUCCGCCGAUCAAGUCCAAGGAUGACGGGUGGGGUGAUGAUUGGUAG